AUGUCGAAGGCUGCUGGAGGCGCGGCGCCGGCGGCGGAAAGUUGUCCCUCGGUUCCAGCCGGUGUGUCGCCAGCCCCUGGCGUGGAGGAUCUGUCCAAAGUGACAGACGAGGAGCUGCUGCAGUGGAGCAAGGAGGAGCUGAUCCGCAGCUUGCGGCGCGCCGAGGCCGAGAAGGUGAGCGCGAUGCUGGACCACAGCAACCUCAUUCGCGAGGUCAACCGCCGCCUGCAGCUCCAUCUCGGCGAGAUCCGAGGGCUCAAGGAUAUUAACCAGAAACUCCAGGAGGACAACCAGGAACUGAGGGACCUGUGCUGCUUCCUGGAUGAUGACCGGCAGAAAGGCAAAAGGGUGUCCCGGGAGUGGCAGAGACUGGGUCGCUACUCAGCUGGAGUGAUGCACAAGGAAGUGGCCUUAUACCUGCAGAAGUUGAAGGAGCUCGAGGUGAAGCAGGAGGAGGUGGUGAAGGAGAACAUGGAGCUUAAAGAGCUCUGCGUGCUGCUGGAUGAGGAGAAGGGCACGGGUUGUGCAGGCAGCCGCUGCUCCAUCGACAGCCAGGCCAGCCUGUGCCAACUGGUGGCCUCUGCUGCACCCUAUGUACGGGAUGUGGGUGAUGGCAGCAGCACCUCCAGCACUGGCAGCACCGACAGUCCUGACCAUCACAAACACCAUGCCAGUGGGGGCAGCCCUGAGCAUCUACAGAAGCCUCGGAGCGAGGGUAGUCCAGAGCACACCAAACACAGGAGCACUAGCCCUGAACAUCUACAAAAGCCCAGGGCUUCCGGAACCCCAGAUCACACCAAAGCUCUGAAAGGACCUAGCCCUGAGCACCACAAGCCCUUGUGCAAAGGCAGCCCAGAGCAGCAGAGGCACCCACAUCCAGGGAGCAGCCCGGAAAUGCUGCCCAAGCAUGUGCUGAGCGGAAGCCCCGAACAUUUCCAGAAGCACAGACCAGGGGGCAGCCCCGAACAUGCCAGGCACAGUGGAGGAAGCCCCGAGCAUCUCCAGAAACAAGCCCUUGGAGGGAGCCUGGAGCACCUUCCCAGAGCCCGAGGAACAAGCCCAGAGCACCUCAAACAACAUUAUGGGGGCAGUCCUGAUCACAAACAUGUAGGUGGCGGUGGAGGCAGCGGCGGGGGCAGCAGGGAGGGCACUCUCCGACGGCCAGCUCAAGAGGACUCAGCAUCCCAUCACCGGAAUGUCUACAGUGGCAUGAACGAAUCCACCUUGUCCUAUGUUAGGCAGCUGGAGGCCAGAGUCAGACAGCUGGAAGAAGAAAAUCGCAUGCUGCCCCAGGCCACCCAGAAUAGAAGUCAACCUCCAACUAGAAACAGCUCAAAUAUGGAGAAAGGCUGGGGGCCCAGAGCCCGGCGGGUCUUGCAGUGGUGGCAAGGGUGCCGAGGAAUAGGACGAUGCCUGCCCUCUUUCCCGGGUUCUUUUAGGUUGUCAUCAGGGGCUGAAGGGAGUAACAGUUCCCCCAACUCUCCAGCUAGCUUCAGUGGACAUACCACAUCUUCUCAGCAGCCUGAACCUGUGGUACAUUCUCUUAAGGUCUUGGAUGUUCAGGAAACUAUAGACCGUCAACAGGGUAAAGAGUAUGACCAUGACCUUAGUGAGACAGAAAAAGCUAUAGUCAGAGAAAUGUGCAAUGUUGUGUGGAGGAAACUUGGAGAUGCUGCAGGCUCAUGUCCUGGAAUUAGGCAGCAUUUGUCAGGAAACCAGUACAAAGGGCCCAUGUGA